ACGUUUGACAUCCCGAAUGAUCCAUUCACUAAAGGCUAUGAUCUAUCAAUUGUCUUUCUGACGCACUAUAGGUCUUGCCUCGCUUAUCUUCGACAAUUUCCUGUUUAGAACCUCCCAGCAUCGCUUUGCUUGUACGGUAGGCCCGUUCUAUAAAAACACUCUUUGUUAUAACUACGUCAUCGUCGAAGGUAAUAUGCUGACUGAAUGGCCAGAUGUUAUCGACUUGUGCGAUCGAGUCAUAUUUCUAACUCUAGACCAAUCUACAUGUCGGCGUCGAAGGAGCAAUCGUAAAUACGAUCCACCUGACGUUCCGGGUUAUUUUGAAGAGGUUGCGUGGCCGGCAUACCAGCAACAUUUACAAAAAGCUCUUGCACUUGCAAGAGAAGAUUGCCAUAUCUCAUUUCUCGAUGUGACAUUAUACGCGGACCAACCAGAUGAAAAUAUGGUGUCGGUGGGUAAAUAUCAAAUCUUUUUGAUCCACGCGUUUUCGGAUGACGUUAUCCGCAUUUGCUAUGAACCAUUGGACGUUGGUGAGGCCGUGCGAUUAAUUAACAGCCCAACAUGUGGAGCAACUUCUGUUUUUGUGGGCACGACCCGAGAUACUUUUAAUGGGAGGAAUGUUGCACGUCUUGACUAUGAAGCUUAUGAUGAGAUGGCCUAUAAGGAACUACGUAAACUUUGUUCUCUCAUAAGAAGCAAAUAUCCAUCUGUUGAACGUGUUGUGAUUUUUCAUAGGUUGGGUUAUAAAGUAGCUGUCGGUGAAACAUCUGUGAUAAUUGCCACCGCUUCUCCACACCGCAAAGACGCUUUACAUGCAACCGAAAUGGCUAUAGAUGAACUUAAAAGAGCUGUGCCGAUUUGGAAAAAGGUUUCGUCUAACUUUUUCCAAGUACCAAGAUAUUCUAAUGUUUUAUCUCAUUCGUAG